AAACACUUUCUGAAAUUUUUGAGAUUUUCUAUCUGCGUGUGCGUGUUUUUUGGCGGAUUGAUAAUUAUUGUAUUAAAAGCUUCUUUACUAUAUUAUGGCGAAUUUGGAUGAUUUUUUCAAGAAGAAGGACGGUAAAAAAACCAAGGGUAAGAAGUUCGCAGUCAAUAACCCUCUGUCGUUGAGUGCAAGCGAUAAAGAUAAAAAUGGAAAAGUAAAACAAGAAAAGCCCACGUCAUUUGUGAAUCAGGCUCUCUUAGAAAACGCUAACGACUUAUUUUCUAGUCAAACUACUGACGAAUGGAAAGACUUUGUCGAAGAGAAGAAAGAUUACACCGGUUUGAAGAUUCAGAACUUACAACUCAACGAUGACGAUGAAGAGAAAGCUAACAUAAAGGAACAAGAAUCGGAAGAAGAGACGGAAGUCGAUGACAAUGGGCAAACUGUUGUUAAAAAGAAACAACCUUCCGGCCCAUGGAAAGUUAUUCAAGAACAAAAGAAAGAAGAAGUUAAAGAAAAAGUUGAAGAAAAGCCAGCGCCUCCUCCACCGGCACCUGUGGUGAAACAAGCUUAUAUUCCGCCGGGUAGAAGAAACGAAGGAUUUGAUAGAAAUCCGUCCAGUUCUGCCAGUAAGAAAGCAGAUUUACCUGCUAAAGAAGCCUUUCCUACUUUGGGAUCAACUGUACCAAAUAAUCCUGCCAAUCAAAGCAGAAAACCUAAAACGACCGCGAAGUAAAACUGAAGUUCAAGAAAAAUACCAUCGUAGAUCGCUGUAACGCUAAGUUCAAGUCGUGAAAUAUUGUCGAUUUUCUAUAGCCUUCGUUUUUGUCGUAGAUGUAUUCAAUCCUCGUGUCUGUUUUGAAUUUGCUCUUUACAUGUAAGCGAUUACGGUCAAAAAUCGAUGCAUUUUUUUCGUUCUUCCGUUUUGAAAAUUAUUUCCAAUCACGAAAAACGUAUUGUUAUAAAAAAAAAAUCGUUUAAUCUAGUAAUUUGUAAAUUAUUAUUUGUACUAUAAAUUGGUAAUUCUAUCAAAAAUGUACUCAUUAGAGUAAUACUACGGACCUUUUUUUAAAUGUAAACCUUUUUGUAUCGUCAAUUUAAAUUUAUAUGGUAGAAUUAAUUAAAUUUAGGCAAAUGUCGUUGUCAAUUUUUUAUUUUGAUUUUGUACGUGUAAAUUCUUGUUGACCAUUUUUCCUCCCUCUCGAGUAUUAAUUAAGCGGUAUACCUAAUAUUGUUUUUUUAAAAUAUGAAGUAAGCAUGUUUUGAGCUUUUUCAAUAAUUCGAGAUCAUUUUUCAAACUUUUUUUCUUAAUGAAUAUAGUCCCGGUUUUCUCUCUUCUUUUUUUUUUGUUUAGUGUAAGAUCAAAGCCUCCUUUUUGUUGUGUACAAGAUUCCUUUUUUCUUUUUUUCAUUUUUGUGUAAAGUUAGAACAUAUCUUUUGUUGCUUAUGAAACAUUUCUAAUCAUGUCGACAAAUUAAAACCAUACCACUGCUGUCGGCUUCUAUUAUUUUCAGAGUCUCGCUUUGUUGACAUGUGCGAAGUGUAAUUUGCUCGGUUCGAGUAAUCCGUGUCGACUAAUGUACAAGUUAACUAACGUUAGUCUUUCAUUUUAUACGUUUUUUUUUAGUUCUAUUUUAUGUUGAUUUUUUUAAAAGUAUUCUGCGGCUUAAUUUUGCACUGUGUGUAGAUAUUUGGGAUAUUGUUCAUUAUUUCCUAUGUAUUGUUCGCUACAACUACCGUUAUAUUUUUGUAUGCGCUUCGGUUGAUUGAAGUACGUUUUUUUAAUUACUUAUUGUUAUAUCGAAAACGCGUAAGAUUUUCUUGUGAUUAAAAAUUGUUUGUAUUUGUGAAA